AUGGCCACGCAAUUAAAUUUAAACCGUCGCUAUGAAUCUAGUAGCUCAAGUAGCUCUACUAGCGAAUAUUCGCGUAACAGAAAUUCAUACUCUAGUAGCAUAACUAACGUAGAUUCAAGUGGUCAAAAUUCAUUUAAUAAAGUGGUAAAUGAGAGAAAACGUAUGAUUGAAAAUCUAAUGUCCAAAUAUCGAAUAGGUGAACCAUUCAUCACAUUGUCUCACGAAUUUUACAUGGAAGAAUUAGCGUUUAAAGAUGUAAAAUGUUUGGAUGAUUUGAUUAACGAAUUUUUUGAAAAAUCUAUGCCUUCUGGCAUAUCAAUGGACAAAAACGUGUUUCGGCAAUUACAGAUGGACUUUGAACAAGUUCUUCACCAACAAUAUUCAAAGUCUGAGACCACUGAUGAAUUUUCUCUUUUCGAGACUAUUGAUGAGGAUGAUCUUUCUAAUAAUCUUUCCAAUAAUCUUUCUAAUAAUCUUUCUAAUAAUCUUUCUAAUAAUGUUUUUUCUAACAAUGCUUUUUCUAAAAAUGUCAAAGUUCCUGUAAAUUUUGUUUCAAAUACUUUAAGUAAUUCCACUGAUUUGAAUUCAGUUUGGAUUCCCAAAGGUACGAAAAAUUGUUCCACAAAAAUUCCAUACGAAUACGAAAAUUACUUGUGUGGUUUCCCUUUUUUGGUUCGAUAUGAAGUUGUUAGAUUAUUCAAACCAUUUGGACCAAUUAAUUAUUCAAUAAAUAUUUUGAAUAAAUUGAAUAAUUGUAAAACUGCUUUUGACUUUUAUGAAGCUUUUGAAUUGAUUUGCAAAGAACAUUUAAUGGAUUCUAAUAGGAAUUUUAAUGGUCAAGAAUUAAGCAAUCUUAUGCCAUAUAAUAGGUUACUUUGGGAAGUUCAAGAAACUAACAAAUCUAUAGGAAAAAGAAAGCAUAUUUAUUAUUCUGCUGACGUAACAAUGCGGAAUGGAAAAUUAGAAUUGAGUAUUAAUCCUCCUAGAACUUGUCAAUCCAAACGGUAUUACCGAAUGUUUUAUUCGGAAAGAUUUUUACAUAUAAAGAUUAAUAAAGAAGUUGAUAUAGAAAAAUUAGAUGAAAGAAAACUUUCUUUAUUAAAAAAUCUUUUAUUACAUCCUAUAGAAUUGGCCGGAAGGACUUAUGAGUUCUUAUAUGCAAAAGAGGGUUCUUUAUAUUAUUUUGCAACUAGUGGAUCGUGUCUUGAACCUAUAAAAAUUUGGGAUGCAAUUAAUUGGGAUGUUCCAAUAGAUAAUAAUCUUAAAAUGACUACCGCAAAAUUUUAUAGUAGAAUUUCUUUAGGAUUUUCCGAUUCCAAUCCUGCAAUUGUUUUUAGUCACGAUCAAAUUCGUUAUGACCAACCGGAUAUAGAAAAUGUUUUAGCAAAAAUUAUGGAUUAUAAAGAAACUCCUCAAUUUAUACAAGCUAGAAUAGGUGGUGCAAAAGGUAUUUGGUAUUUGGAUCCUAAAGUUCGUGAUCCAUAUGAACUAAGAAUUGACUUGCGUCAAUCACAAACAAAAUAUAAAUUGGAUUUUGCAAUUAAUAACUAUCACUUAAGGACUCUUGACGUAGUUCGUAUUAUAAAAGCUCCAGAUCGUCCCGCUACAUUGAAUGCUCAAUUAAUAAGAAUAUUAGAAAAUGGUGGCGUUCCUGCUCAAGUAUUUAUGGACAUGAUAAAAGAAAAUAUUCAAAAGAUUAAAGAAAUGGUAGUAGGACAAGAUGAUCCGACUGUGUUACGUGCAUGGAUUGCGAAAUCUGGAAAUAUAAUGCGUAGGCGUAUUGAAGAAAGAAUUAUUAAUAAAGAUUCUAACGUUAAUGAUUAUGGAAGUAAUUGUAGUGAAGUCAGCACUAAUUCAGGUUCCGGUGGCGUUUCUUUGUCCGGUUUUCCGGUUAAUAUUUCAGAAGCUUGUAUUGAAAUGCUUGAUGCUGGAUUUACCCCAUCAACUUGUCCAUAUUUGGCCAAGAAAUUAAAACAAUUGCUUAAAGGACAGCUAUCAAAUAUUGCUUCAAAAUAUCAUAUUGAAACGCCAUUAUCACGUUCUCUUGUUUGCGUUGCAGAUCCGACAAAUACCUUAGAAGAAGGUGAAAUUUUCAUUCAAUUAGAUGGUGAAGCCGGAUACGAUGAAAGAGGAAUGCGUAUAGGUAUAAUAGAAGGUGAUGUUUUACUUAGUCGUAAUCCGUGUGCCUUACCGUCUGAUGUUCAGAAAGCCAGAGCAGUCAAUAAUCCAUAUUUGUGUAAAUAUUAUAAUGUUGUAAUUUUCCCUGUAAAAGCUCAAUCAAGGGAAGGACCUUUAGCAUCGAAAUUAAGUGGAGGUGAUUAUGAUGGAGAUAAAGUAUUUUGUUGUUGGGAUCCGAGACUCACAGAGUUGUUUCAAAACUCACCUGUUGCUGAGACUUUACCUGAGGUAGAAAAUGCAUUUACUAAAUAUACUGAGACAAUUGGCAAUUAUUUAGCACCUGUUAGAGAUGACAUGAGUCAAUGCACAAAAAAAGUUCAACGAUUAAUACUUGAUGAAUAUUUUAAGGAUAUGUUAACACCAAUAGGAAUGUAUGACUAUUAUCAUAGAAUAUAUUCAUCCCAUUUUGGACUAUCAGAUCCCAAAUCUAUUUAUUUAGCUCAAGUAAAUGCUAGAUUAUUAGAUGCUACUAAACAGGGAGAGUCAUUGAAACCUUUAGUAUUUUCUUCCGACAGGAAGUAUACAAAGUAUCCAAUACCUUUUUGGAUGGAUAAAGAUAAAUCAUCUAAUACUAGAAGUGUAUGUUUUAUGGAUGACUUAAAGAAAGUCGCUCUAGAAGAAACAGCAUUUGUCAAUUCUCCCGAAUUUUCUGUUGUAUUAAAUGCUCGACAUGGACUUGACCCUCAUAUUCAUGCAUUUUGGUUACGAGAAUUUGAAAGGGCGAGCAAUUUUGAUGACGGUGGUAGAUAUAAAAAAGAUCUGGAAUUGAUUAUUAAUGUUACUGCUUCGAUUCUUAGAAAAUAUAAUAAUGAAAUUAAAAGAGUAUUAGGUGAGGAUGAAGAAAAAGAUUUAUUCUCAGAAUCAAAAACUACACCACCGUCAAAAGAUUCAGUUUAUUCAAAAAAUGGAAGAAUAAUGGCUAUAAGCUAUAAAUAUACCGAAGAAUUUACAAAUCUCCCACUCACAAAAAAUUAUGAAAGCGACAUAUUAAAACAUGUUGAUAGAUCAGAUUUAAAUCAUGAUAUUACUUUAUUUGAAUUGAAAUUAAAAGCAGCAGCACUAUAUAUACAAUCAUUUUCAAAACAUGUUGAAAAUGAAGGAUGUUGGAAACUCGCUUUUCGUGUCUUGUGUGGUCUUAAAGCUCGAAUGCUUGAAAGUGAAAAUUCUGAUAUUGUAGGUGGACCUAGAACUGUUAUUUACGAAGUUUGGCAAUCUUUGAAUGUAGAUAGACGAUGGAGAAAUACCUAA